GGUUUUGCGGACUGGACGCGUUUUUCUGCUUGUUUCAAAACACAACAAAGACUUCGACUGGACGAGAUUCACCCAACUUUCUGCAGAAAUGUAUUUGUAAACUCAAGUUUUUAUCUUAAGUAUUGUUAAAGUGUGAAAUCCGAUGCGUCGAGACUUUAAACUGAAACAAGCAUCGACGACCUUUUUUCAUUCAGUCCAUCCUGUGGAUUAAAUACCCAUCAGUCAAAUCAAACAUGAGACAAGCAGUCACAUUUUUAACAGCUUUUAUCGUUUUAACGGAGGCCGCCAUUUCUCCGCCUGCAGAUACAGAAGAGGAGCCGCACACGUCUCUCAGGUCCAUGCUGGAUGACUUUGACGUGCUGCCUUUGUCCAGCCUGCAGACUCACUCUGUUCGCCGACGUGACGUCCAAACUCAAACACAUGUGGAGAAACUGCUCAGUUUUGACGCCCUGCAGAGGCAGUUCAGACUGUACCUGAGAACCAAUGACGAGUUGUUCACAGAGGACUUCAGAGCAGUGAUUGUAGACGAGGACGGACGAGAGCGAAGCUUCUCGGUCAACAGACACAACUACUUCACAGGACACGUCAUAGGGGAGGAAAACUCUCGCGUUCAGGCUCAUAUAGACGACCACGAGUUCUCAGCUCACAUCCUGACUGAUGAGGCUGAGUACAACAUUGAGCCUCUGUGGAGGUUCACGUCGGCGCCCCCUGAUGGUCGUCUGCUGAUCUACCGCUCAGAGGACAUCAGGAACCUCAGCCGGCUGCACCAGCCCUCAGUCUGUGGCUACGUGACCUCUGACCCCAGCCACCUCCUCCCUGACAUCGUUAAAACGGCCGUGUUGGAGGAGCAAGAGGAGGAAGAGUCUGUGUUGAGAGGGAAACGUCAGGUACACGAUCACCUGAAGAACACCUGUCCUCUGCUGCUGGUGGCCGACCAUCGCUUCUUCAAACACAUGGGCCGAGAAGAGGAGAGCACCACCCUCAACUACCUGAUCGAACUGAUUGAUCGUGUGGACGACAUCUACAGAAACACGUCGUGGGACGAUGAGUUUAUAGGUUACGGCGUUCAGAUCCAACAGAUCAUCAUAGAGAAGAGUCCGACCCCCGUAGCUCCAGGAAAAAGUCACUUCAACAUGAGAGGAAGUCCAGUGGAGGGAAGAGACGUCUGGGACGUCAAAAAGCUGCUGGAGCAGUUCAGUGUUGACAUCGCAGAGAAAGCCUCCAACGUCUGCCUCGCUCACCUCUUCACCUACCAGGACUUUGAUGAAGGCACUCUGGGUCUGGCCUACGUCGCCCCGUCCAAACUCGACAUCCCUGGAGGUCUCUGCUCCAAAGCCUGUCCUUCAUCUUCAAACGAACAAAGAGCAAUCUACCUCAACACAGGCCUCACCAGCACUAAGAACUAUGGGAAAACCAUCCUGACUAAGGAAGCAGACCUGGUGACGACUCACGAGCUCGGUCAUAACUUCGGAGCAGAGCACGACCCCGACAACAUCCCGUACUGCGCCCCGCGGGAGGACCAGGGAGGGAAAUACGUCAUGUACCCCAUCGCUGUGAGCGGUGACCACGUCAACAACAAGCUGUUCUCUAACUGCAGCAAGCGCUCCAUAGUGAAGCGUCUGAGGUCGAAGGCGCCGUCCUGCUUCAAGCAGAGGAACAUCAACGUGUGCGGUAACUCUCGGGUGGAGCAGGGCGAGGAGUGUGACCCAGGACUGCUGCACAUCAACUCAGACCGCUGCUGCACCACCGACUGCAGGCUGAGAGCUGGAGCUCAGUGCAGUGACAGGAACAGCGCCUGCUGUAAAAAUUGCAGGUUCGAGUCUGAAGGUGAAGUCUGCCAGGAGCCCAUCGAUGCCACCUGUAAAGGACACUCAUACUGCACAGGAAACAGCAGCGAGUGUCCUCCCCCAGAAAACGCUCCAAAUAAAACCGUGUGUCUGGACAGCGGCGAGUGUCUGAACGGGGAGUGUAUUCCUUUCUGCCAGGCCGUCUUAAAGCUGCAGCCCUGCGCCUGCAACGAAACCAACUCAUCGUGCAAAGUCUGCUGCCGGAGCAGCGGCGGCGUCUGCGCCCCCUACCAGGACGCAGCAGGCAGCUUCCUGUUCCUGCGUAAAGGCAAACCCUGCACUGUGGGCUUCUGCGACGGAGCGGGGAAGUGUAUGAAGCAGGUUCAGGACGUGGUGGAGCGUCUGUGGGACUUCAUCGACAAACUGGACAUCAACACGUUUGGGAAGUUUCUGGCCGAUAACAUCGUGGGUUCAGUGGUGGCUUUCUCUCUGCUGUUCUGGGUCCCCUUCAGCAUCCUGGUCCACUGCGUGGACAAGAAGCUGGAUCAACAAUAUGAACAGACCACCAAGUCUCUGUUCUUCCCCAGUAAUGCCGAGCUCCUGAGCAGCCUGGAGUCUGCAUCUGUUCGGAUCUUCAAACCUCCAAGCUUUCCCACCACCAACAAUCCCGCUGGGCUGCGUUUCCAGCCGUCCGGCCCCCAGCAGACCAGCACCCCUCCGGUCUCCAUCUCUGGCCCCAGCCCCAAUCCGGCCCCCGGUGCCGGUCAACCCCCUCUGGACAGCCCCCGCAUGGCCACCAUCCAGGAGGACCCCAGCCUCGACUCGCACCUGGACGAGGAGGCCCUGGAGGAGGCGUUCGGGCGGCCGGCGGGUUCGGCUCAGCGCUCCUUCGAGGACCUGACGGAGAAAAGUGUGACGAGUCGCAGCGGGAAGGCGAUGCUGCUCAGACUGCAGAGACAACAUCAGAUCGACACCAAGGAGACGCAGUGCUGAGAGGACACACCUGUCUACACCCGUCCACACCUGCAGACACCAGGCAGGUGGAGCUACUGCUCAGAUUUCAGGUUAUUGUAUGUCCUCAAGAGUUUAUGGAGAACAGAUCAGAGGUCGAUUUCAGGAAUAUACAAAUGCAAAAAUAAUAUUAUAAUAAUAUUUUUUGAUUUAUUUUUCGAAUACGCCAUCAAUAUUUUGAGAUCCCUGACCGUCCUUAGAAUAAAGAAUACAUUCAAUUAUUUUUCUAACAUGUAGACUCAUUAAUACCAGACCUCUUCUCCUUAUUGAUGAGAAUGUGCAGGCAUCAAAAACAUUAGAAGAACUUGACAUACUGUUGGACCUAAAGGUGAUGCAGGUGAAGAGGAGCAGUUCAACUCAUUAUCAGAUUUGUAGUUAAUUAAGCUCAAACAUUAGUCAGCAGUCGUUUUUGGCGUGUUUAUAACAAUUAGCUAUUAGCAUAACAAGCUCUGUAUCUCUGUUCUGCGUUGUCGGACUCAACUAUUGGCUGAAAUUAAUUAUUGAAAAAUUAUUUAAUAUUCAUAUUUAUGGCCAAUAAUGUAUGUGCCAUAGAUCUAUUACGCAUCCUUAAAUCACGUGUCUGUCCUCAUCACGGCUUCAUCGUUAAAUUACAAUUAAUAAUGAACUUUUGUCUCAUGGAGACUCCACAGUUCGUAACACAGCCUGUAGUCUUCUCUAAGCAGUUUACCUGAAGCUGUUGCUGUUAGGACUGCGUAUCAGUACUGCAUCAGUACCUCAGUACUUUAGGCUGUAGCAACAGAUUUGCUUCCUGAUGUUCACACUGUCAGUCACUGUACGUUGCCUUUCUGAUGGCAGUAAUCAUCAUUUAUAUUUUACAGACAACAAAUGUUGAACCUUCAGGUAUAUUCAGGUGUUGAAAUUAAAAGCUUUAUGAAUAUUUAAAGGCCACUAGAGCUGCAAUUUUACAGCGACUUUUCAUUCAAAAAAUGAAAACGAUUUGAUGGCUUCAGCUCCUUAAAUACAUGGUCAUUUGCUGCUUUUUCUCCACUUAGUUAUUCUAAAUAUAGUUGUAGUUCAUUAUUUAUCUUUGUGUUUUGGACUGUUGAACGGACAAGACAUUUAAAGACGGCCUUGGGCUUCAGGCAUUUUUCAUUGUUUUACAGAAGUAAGAUUUAGAAAAUAACUGUCAGAUUUAUUGGUUGUGAAAAUGUUUAGUUGUAAAGGCCAAACUGCACUGAAAGUCAGUGACGCGUGUUUGUAAAUGCACCAGCUGUUUUACGUCAAACUGACUUGAUGCACUGUCUCUGAACUCAUCUCCAUUUUGGAAAAACAGAAACCAAAAACCCAGCCGGUUUAGAUUAAUGCUGCUGUAAACAACCUGUUUGCAUUUGUAGCAUACAAACAAAUGGCUGAUUAUCCAGUUUCAUAAAAUCUAAACAAUCUAGAGGGAGUUUGGUUGGAAAACCACAAAUAGUCAUUCCUCACAUGCUCAUGUGAUAAGAUUACAGUAUUUUGGGAGGAUAUGCAGUAAGUUGGGAGAUCAGCGAGGACAAUCAGAUAACAGAAGAAGUGAUUAGAAGUGACUAAUUUUUUAAAAGGUCAUAAUUAAAAACUGGUAUAAAAUUGCACACCUGAGCUGAGUAAUGGGGGGGCAGAGGGGGAUAUUUAGUCUGCCGUCCCGGUUUGCCCCUCAAACACACUGUUUCUGUUCUAAGACUCAGCAUCAACCGUUUUAAUUCAGAGGGUCUCACUGGGAAUUGAACCCCAAAUCCCGACAGUGUUAGUGCCUUGCUCAAAACCUAGUCAGCUACUCAAGACUCUUUAUAUAAUACACACAUUCGUGCUGCAAAUAAUAUUCAUAUCUAGCCUGGUGGUAUAUUUCUCUUAAAUCCAGUUUGUGUAUAAAAUAUGUGUUUAAAGCACUCUAUGGAAGUCCAUUCCUGCCAAGUGAAGUCAACGCUCCAAAUACUCCGUUACAAGUACAGGUCCUGCUUUUAAAAUUCUACUUAGGUAAAACAACAGAAGUAUUAUCAGCUAAGUGUACUUUAAGUAUUAAAAGUGAAAGAACUGUAGAAUGGCCCAUUGCAUUAGAAUUUCACAGCUGAUCAUGUUUUGUAUGAAAAAUCAAAAUUGUUAAAGAAAUGCAGUAAAAAAAGUAGGAUUUUUUAGAAAUUGAGAGGGGUACAUGUAAAAAGUAGCAAAAUGGAAUAAUAAUAAAAAGUAUAAGUACCUCAAAAUCUGUACUAGAGUAAAUGCAUUCAGUUAUUUUCUAUCAAUUACUACGAGUGUUCUCAACAUUUUAUCCUUUUGUUUCUUUUCCUGGCUGAUUUGGGCUUCCAUAUUUUUUUUAAUAUUUGUAUGAUGUAAGUUUGUAGUAAAACAAUUUAUUGCUUUUAGACAAGUGUAAUUUUUGUUAUGAUGAACGCCAGAGUGAAAUGUUUAACCUCAGUGAGAAAACUGAGGUAUUUUCAGGUUUCACAUCAACUUGUGUCACUGGGAGAACACUCUGCGGUACCACUGUUUUUAUCAAGUGUCAGUUUUUUUGUGUCUUGUGUCAUUUUAUUUUUGAACUGUUGUUCAAAACCUUUGAAUCUUUUAAGUGACAAUCAGUCAGAACUCUGUGUGCCUUCUCUUCCUCUGUGGUAUUAAAAUGCACUACAGUCAGUAUUUUUAAUAUUGUUUAUUAGAGAUAUGUGUUGAGUGUGUGCACUUCUGUUGACUGUGAUGUUUGUGGCUGUAUGUUGUUCUAUGCAGAUGAUCAUGUGCCAUAUUCUGUCUUACGUUCACACUGUGUUAAGGUCACUACAGAUUAAUAUUACAGUAUUAAUCCAUUUUAAUGUCUGAGUUGAAUGUGUUUACUUUAUGUCCAUAUGUUUUUCAUGUCACUGUGUUUACCUGUCAGUCAGUCUGCUGUUUCAAAGUGAAAUGUUUAACUGACUGUAUUCAUGUGAUCAAACUCUGCCACUGAACGCUGAUGAGAAAUAAAUCUAUUCUUGAAUAA